AUGUCCAUGCUUUUUGAUCUGAACAGUAAUCACAAUGGAGCCACUCCACUGGUGCUGGCCAAGAGACGCGGUGUGAAUAAGGACGCGCUCCAUCUGCUGGAGGGGCUGGAGGAACAGGAGGUGAAGGGCUUCAACCGCAGCUCCCAUUCCAGUCUGGAGAAGAUGCACAUGGCUGAGAAUGAAAAUGCCAUGGAGAGCCACUCUCUUCUCAACCCACACCUGCAUCACAGCGAUGGCGUGUUGUCCAGCUUCCGCACUACAUGGCAGGAGUUUGUGGAAGAUCUUGGCUUCUGGCGAGUGCUCUUGCUGCUCCUCGUCAUUGCUCUGCUCUCACUCGGCAUUGCGUAUUACGUCAGCGGAGUCUUACCUUUCGCGUCUAAUCAACUGGAACUUGUGCACUAAUAAUAUGAAAGCUCAUUAAAAACAAUGAUUUCUUUUUUUUUUUUUUUAUCUUGCAUUAGCUGAUGAUUGUUCCUACAGUAACCACGCUUUAAACUGUAAUCAUAC